UUCGUGCGUUUAGUUGGCGCGCGGGGCCCCGGCUAUAGGGACGGGUGAAAAAAGAGGGAGAAAGAACGACCGACGGCGCUACUUAUAAAAAAGAAGAAGAAGAUAAGACGAGAAGGAUAAACGAAAACGACGAGAGGAAUAUAAUAUAAAGAAAACGGGAAAAAAAGAGUGACGACCACGCAGUGACGACGACGACGACGACGACGACGACGACGACGACGACGACGAAGACGACGUAGACGAGCGAUACCAUUGUUUCCACUGGUUAUCAUUUUUUUUUCUUCUUUUCUUUUCCUUUUCUUGGCAGUUUCUUCUGUUCGCGAAAGCAUUUUGAAUCGACGCGUGUGUGAAUAUCGUUUCAAAUAAUUUUCUACGCGAGAAAUAAAGAAAUCCUCUUCUCUCUACUUUGGAUACGCGGGAGUAAGUUUCUACCUCAAGUCCUGAAAGAGGUGAACUUUGAAAGUUAAAACGAAGGAACGAAGAGUCGAAGAAAGAGGUUGCAUGGUGGUGCCGCAGGUCGGUAUCCUUGGCUCGAGGAUAAAAUAAAUCCUUGCGCGAAGACGAGACGUAAGAGCGAGAAAGAGGUGGAGGAUUAAUUGCGUAAUUUGAGGACAAAACGAGGUACGAUCCUUUGGGGAUUAGCGGGUAACAAAAGGAACACAGGCGCCCCGUAAACAUGGGGGUCGCCGACGAUUUCGCACCGAGCUUCACCCAGAAGCCUCAGCUUCGGCAGGAGGACGACGGGAAUAAGCUGAUAUUCGAGUGUCAGCUGGUCAGUUCACCGAAACCGGAUAUAUCUUGGUUCCGUGGCGAGACGGAACUCAAGGAGGAUGACAGGACAAACUUCAAGAUGCAAAGCGUCGGGACGAACAAGUUCCUUGUCGUGCUCGAGCUCGAUGACGUCAUCGAGACCGACGCAGGCUUGUACAAGGUCAAAGCCAAGAACAAGAUGGGCGAGGUCGCGGCAUCUAUCAACCUGAACUUCAGUCCCGUGGAUGAGCCUAGGGAGAAACAAAUCGAUGGCAUUGCACCAACGUUCGCGAAAAAACCGGCAAUUCGACAGGAGGACGAUGGUAAACGAUUACUUUUCGAAUGUCGCAUUACCGCUGAUCCCACGCCGAAAGUCAUGUGGUUUCACGAUGGAAAUGCAGUUAAGGAUUCGUCGAGGCAUAAGCUGACCGUCGAUAAAGAUGGCCAUUCGUACUUCGCCACGCUGGAAAUAAAAAACGUGACCGUCGAGGAUGCUGGCAAAUAUAAGGUCACAGCGAAGAACGAGCUUGGCGAGUCAAAUGCUACCAUUUCCUUAAAUUUCGAUAGCGACGAGGCACCCGUACCCGAAGACGGUAUUAAACCGACUUUCACCGAACGACCGGUAAUAAGACAAUCCGACGACGGUAACACCAUCACCUUUGAAUGCCGAUUAGCCGGCGAUCCAAAACCCAGUGUUAAGUGGUACCAUGGUAGCGAUGAGGUCAGAGAAGGUGGGAGAUACAAGAUGUCGUUAGAACUCGAUCAGAAGCUAUAUCAUCUCGCGCGGCUAAGGAUCGACAACGUAGCGAAGGAGGACGCAGGCGAGUACAGGGCCGUGGCAAAGAACAAGCAUGGCCAGGGCGUGGCGACUAUUAAUUUGAACUUCGAGGGUGGUGACAAGCUCAAAAUACCGGACGGUAAGCCACCACGAUUCCCGAAGAAACCGACGAUUCGCCAGGAGGGGGACAUUCUGAUAAUGGAGUGCAUCCUAGAGGCACAUCCGGUACCGGAUAUAACUUGGUAUCAAGGACAGAAAGCGAUAACCGACAGUCGUCGCGUCAAGAUGUCUCGCAAGGCAACCGGCAAGGACACCUAUCUCCUCACAUUAGAGAUCAUGAAUCCUACCAAGGCCGACGGCGGGAAUUAUCGUUGCAACGCGUUUAACAACUUUGGCGAGAGUAACGCCAACAUCUCCUUGAAUUUCCAAGAAGAGAGUGCGGGUUUUGCGCCGUCAUUCAUCGAGAAGCCACGUAUCAUUCCGAACGAAAGUGGAACCCUAAUCACGAUGAAGUGCAAGUGCAAGGCGAAACCGAAGCCAGAAGUCACAUGGUUCCGUGGCGCCAACGUAGUCAAAGAAUCAUCGAAAAUUUCGAUAAAGACGAAAACGGUCGAAGAAGAUGUGUAUGAGCUCAUAUUAGAAAUUAAGGAUCCUGCGGCACCGGACGGUGGUACUUAUAGGUGUCACGUACAAAACGAAUUCGGCGAAAGUAACGCCAAUCUAAAUCUGAAUAUCGAGGCCGAGCCAGAACCAGAAGGGGAUGGUCCAAGCUUCGUGGAGAAACCACGAAUACAAUCGCAGAACCAAGGUAAACUGGUUAUUAUGGAUUGCAAAGUGAAAGCAAAUCCAAAACCAGAGAUAGUAUGGACCCACGCUGGAAAAGUCAUAAAAGAAUCCUCCAAGAUCUCCAUUAGUAUUGUCAAAGAAAAAGAAGAUAUUUAUUACAUCAAAUUGACUCUGAGUGAUCCUGGCCCUGAAGAUUCCGGUCUUUACAAGUGUAAUAUCAAAAAUAAUCUUGGGGAGCUUAAUGCCAAUUUAACAUUGAACGUUGAAAUUAUACCUGUAAUUAAGGAAAAACCAAAGGUCGUAAAAAUUGUAAAGAAGAAAACGGUAAUAGUGGAAUGCCACGUGCUUUCCAAAUUUACACCAGAAUGCACUUGGUUCAAAGAAACACAGGCUGUUAAGGAAGACACUAGACAUAAAUUACACGUUGAACAAGUUAAAGAAGGAGAAUUUGCUGUUAAAUUAGAAAUUGAACAAAUGUCGAAAACUGACAAAGGUAUAUAUAAAUUGGUCGCACGUAAUGAGAAGGGCGAAGCUACGUCCCAAGUAGUCGAAGUGACAGAAAUAGUUGAAGAGGGUGAAAAACCACAAAUUACCACUGGUCUCAAGUCGGCGACGAUUGAGGAAGGUAAAACGGUCGAACUUAUAGCAAGCCUCGCGCAACAAGAUCGUAAAGUUACAGUCGUAUGGUAUAGAAAUGCUCAAGUAGUCAAGGCCUCCAAAGACAUUAUGAUAUCUUUUAAUGGCGUCGACAUGAAGCUGACCAUUACUUCUGCUACAACAGAAUUAUCUGGCACGUAUAGGGUUGUCGUGAGUAACGAAUAUGGCAAGGACGAAUCAUCGGCCCAUCUUCUCGUCAGGAAGAAGGAGGAAGAAAAGAAAGAAGAGGAAGAGGAAGAGAAAAAGAAGAAGAAGGUAGAAAAGAAAGAAGAAAAGAAGGAGGAAAAGAAGGAGGAAAAGAAGGAGGAGAAAAUAGAAGAGAAGAAGGUAGCGAAAAAGGAAGAAAAGAAGGAUGAAAAGAUAGAAGAAGAAAAGAAGGUGGAUAGUUCAGUAUCCAGCAGUUAUGAGGAUGACGAAGAUGAUUUUUAUGAGGAUGAAACGAUGGAGGAAGAAGAAGAGGAUGUGGUGAGUGUAAUCGAAUCCAGCGUCACCGAGCCGAUUGUCACAGAGCUACAAUCAGAAAACUUUUCACAGAUUGAGGAUAUACCGGAUUCAAAACCAAAUGGUAUCGACAGACCAAGUCUUAAGAAGAAAAUGGAGAUUAUACAGAAAGAAGAAGAAACAUUCAAUAAUGUAGAAAAGGUCGAAGAGAAGAAAAAAUCGAUUAAGAAGAAACCUGACGAAAAAAUUGAAGAUAAAAAGGAGGCCGAAGCUAAGAAGAUCAUUAAGAAGAAAGAACCUGAACCUACUAGCCGUAAGCAGUCUAUUAGCAGGGUGGAAGCUUUGCGAACGGAAAGCCGUCGUAGCUCUUUAGUUAUAACUCAAGAACAGAUAACAGAAGAUGGUUCUACAUCACCACAACGUCGUGUUUCUAUGCAAAAGACUGAAGAGGAAAUCAAGACGGAAAGUAGAAGAUCUUCGAUCAUCGAGAAGAAGGCUACCGUUGAAAAGAAAAGUGCAGAAACUCCAGGAAUAAAAGAUACAUUUUCCAGACCUAUUGACAAUGAAAAGGAUGAACCAAUCUCGAAACACACGAUUCGAACUCAAAAUUCUCCACAAAUGAAAAUUAGGCCACACGUAAAUGAACACGAUAACGAAAUUGAGGAUAUAUGGGCACCAAAACCUGAUUCGAAGUCUCGCGAAUCGAAACGCAGUACAAAUGACGAGAGUAUUCCGAAAUUGCCAGAGAGGUUCAGCGAACCUAAUCCUGACCACGAAAUUAAGGAUAUAUGGGCGGCGAAAUCAGAUACGCCAAUCGUGAGACAGACUAAAACUCAGGACACGCCAAAAUCAUCCAUACAAUUACAUAAACCAGAAUCUGAGGAUGAAAUAGAGGAUAUAUGGGCAUCAAAACCUGAAUCUGAUAAUUUUAAUAGAAAAAAUCAGGACAUAUCGAGAUCAUCCUACGCACCACAUACACCUAAAUCCAGUAGAGACAUUAAGGAUAUAAAGCAACCAAAGACAGAACAAAAUAUUGCUGGAAAAGUUAAGACUGUACCACGAGCGACACUCAAACGCGAUUCAUCUUCAAGCAACGAUGAUAUAGAGGACAUAUGGGCAACUAUGCCUGAAACUCAAACACAAAAGUCCGAUAUAAAAGAUAAGGACAAACCAAAAUAUACAUUGAAAAUAAAUUCGCGCGAGCCUCCUAAAGAUCCUAAAGUAUAUGAUUCAUCACCACCGAAAAUCGCAACACCCAAAGAUAAACUUGAUAAAAGGGACGAGGAAUCUUCAGAAACUGUUACUAAAUUGCGCCCGCUCAAGCCCGCGAACAAAAUUAAGGACGAAGAAAUUAAAACUAGUAUAACUGCCAUUGAUAAGAAAAAACCUGAGACGAAACAAGACACAAAACAAAAAAUUGACACACAAUCACCAGCAGAACCCAAGGUUGAAACCAAAGCGAAAGCUAAGACAUUAACCAAACCUGAGGAAGCGAAGAAAGAGGAACCUAAAUCCAUUAUUGAAAAACGCGACGCGAAACCUAAGGAGGAACCAAAAGCCACAUUAAAACCAGAAGAAACCAAGAAAGAAGAACCCGUCGAUAAACGUAAAACACUCGGCAAACCCGAGGAACCCAAGAAGGAGGAACAAGAGAGAAAACUCAGUCUCAAGCAAAGUAUUAAAAUCGAAGAAGAAAAGAAGUCUUUGAACAAAGUCGAACUCAAGCCAAAGGAAAUCCAAGGCACUGAAGCGAAACCAAAACUACGUAGGCCACCAAAACAAGAAGUUAAAACCGAUAAUUUUCAAAUGAUACAACUCAAACCAGUUGCAAGAGAUGCGUCAAAGCCUCAGAAGGCUACAAAUGGCACUAUUGAGUUGAAGAAAGUCGAAAAGACAGAGAAGCAAGAGGCAAAGAAAGGGAAAGUUACAAAAGGGAGGAAGGAAAGCAGCUAUGAACUUCCAGAAAUUCCUGAUUACGAGAGGCCAGUCCUUGAGAAACCUCAAGAGUUCGAUUUCGGUGAACGUGUAGCUCGCGAUAAAACAAAAUUGGAUAGACCGGCGACACAGAAAUUUGAGUCGAAGCCAAAAUUGCCAGAGAUCAAAGCACCGGAGGCACCAAAGAUCGAAGUUAUUAAAGACGUAACACCGACAGGAAGUAGGAAGGGAUCUUUGAUACCAGGAAGUGGUUCGACCAGUCGACGUGGUUCUCUCAUACCACCCGAAGAAUUGGGUCGUAGACCUAGCCUGAUCAUCAGUGACGAGGAGAAUAGGAAGCUGCGGCCCGGCGAGGUAGUGGACGAGCGCAAGUUGGGAAAGUUACGACCCGGGGAGGUGUUGGACGCUAAGAGGCGUCGUCCAAGCACGGACGUAAGAAGACCCAGCGUGGCGGACCUCGAGAAUAAAAUCAAUCAACCUAGUACACCUCUUCGAGAUGUUGGACCACCAGGACCACCGCAAAUCGUUGAUGUCCAGGAAUCAUACUCCGCCGUCGAAGAUUCGACGGCGUACCUCACCGUUGCGGUGGAGGGUACGCCUGCGCCAACCUUCAAGUUUUACAAGGGCAUCACCGAGAUCAUCGAAGGUGGCCGUUUCAAGUUCCUCACGGAUACGGAAACCAAUACGAUCACCCUUUGUAUGAGGAAAACAAAGCCCAACGAUGAAGGCACUUACAAAAUAGUCGUUAGCAAUAUCCACGGAGAGGAUUCUGCCGAGAUGCAGCUUUACGUAUCUGACGCCAGUGGCAUGGAUUUCCGUGCAAUGUUGAAAAAGAGAAAAUAUCAAAAGUGGGCGAGAGAGGAAGCGGAACAGGAGAAGGUAGAUUUGAAGGAAGUGGAGAAACCUAUGCCGGCUUUGAAGAAAGUAGAGAAGAAUAGUGGAUCGCGUAGGCCCUCUCUGGCAGAAUUAAUACCCGACUGGCCGACGCUGCAUCACUUCACCAAGAUGGAGAAACCGGAGAGCUUCUUAAAGCCAUUGGUGGAUCAAUAUGCCAAAGAAGGAAAAGACAAAAAGGUCGUCUUCGAAGCUAACUUUUCUAAACCAAACUGUAAACCAAACUGGUUCUUCCGAAAAGACAAACUAUUUCCUUCGGCUAAAUACAAAUUCAAGAACGAAGAGGAUUCUUAUCAGCUUAUCAUUUUAGGACCUAAAGUUGAAGAUACAGGAAAAUAUACUAUUGAGAUCAGUGGCGUUACUAGUACCGGUUUUCUCAAUGUCGAGGAACCCGAUCCUACAUAUUCAUUCACGAAACCGCUUGCAAAGAAAACAAGUGGAUAUACGAAGCACGAAUGUUACAUGGAGUGUACAGUUAGCUCUAAUCUUGCUCAAGUUUCGUGGUAUAAAGGAAAAACGAAACUCGAGGAUGGCGAUGUAUAUAGUAUUUCCAAAGACAUGUCCGGUGUUUGCCGAUUGACUAUUAAAAGUGCUACUCUAGAAGACAGCGGCGAAUACAUUUGUAAAAUUAAUAAACAAACGGAAAAAACGGAGACAGUGCUUACCGUCGUUGAGUAUCCUUAUAAAUUCGUUAAGGUCCUAAAGAGUCAACAACUAAUAGAAAAGGAAACUCUGACUUUACUUUGCGAACUCGAUGACGAAGCUGGCGAAGUUAAAUGGUUCAAAGGCGAUCAAGAGAUAGUACCCGAUAAGAGAGUACAAAUCAAGGCCGAUGGUAGAAAGAGAAAACUUGUCAUUAAGGAUUGCAAGGUAACCGAUGCUGGAAAUUAUUCUUGCAUGAGCAAUGCUGAUAAGACCGAAGCCGAGAUCGUUAUAAAUUAUGCCAAUCGAUUUAACAAAAAAUUGAAGGAUACCGUUGCGAUCGAAAGGGAAAAGCUCGUUCUUGACGUAGAGUUACAAGAUCAAACUGCACCGGCAGUUUUCCUUUUCAAUGGAAAACCGAUCGAGCCAGAUGAAAGGAUUGAAGUUAAAAAUCUUGGUGGUGGUAAACAUCAAUUGGUAUUCAAUAGGGUCGAAAUGUCAGACGACGGUGAAAUUACAUGCGAGAGUGGACAACUCACGAGCAGCUGCAAGUUGACUGUUAAGAAGGGUGAGAGCAAACCCAUCGUCGAUAUACCAGACAUAGUCGAAGGACCAUGUAGUGCACCUAUUGUAUUUGUCGUGCCUUUCAAGAUCGAAGGCACGAAACAAAGUCAGAUAGAAGCGAAACUUCUGAAAGAUGGCAAACCGUUGCCGCUCAAAGAUGUUGAAGUCGUUGUAGGCGAAGACAAAGUCACUUACAAAAUCAAAAAACCACAGCGUGAUUUAUCUGGAAUUUAUCAAGUCAAAAUCGGUAAUAAUCAGGGCGAAGAAGUUAAGGAUAUCAAUAUUAAUAUGCAAGACGUUCCAUCGGCCCCGCAAGAUGUGAAUGUUACCGAUGUCUUCGCCAAUUCUUGUGUAGUUUCCUUUAAACCAUCCAAAGAUGACGGUGGCUCUCCAAUUAUGAAAUACAUUAUCGAACGCCUCGAUCUUAGUUUGAAAUCCCAAUGGGAUAGCGUUGGAGAAGUUAUGCCAGGAGAAAAAUGCGUUUAUAAGGUCGAAGAUCUUGUAGCUAAGAAGGAAUACAAGUUCCGUAUACGAGCCGUGAACAAGCUUGGCUCUAGCGAACCUGCUAUGUUUGCAAAACCAAUUCUAGCGAAAGAUCCUUGGGAUGAACCUGGUAAGCCUACAAACGUGGAUGUAACUGACUGGGACAAAGAUCAUGCCGAUUUGAAGUGGACUAAGCCAGAAAACGAUGGUGGUGCACCUAUUACUGGUUACAUAAUCGAAUAUAAGGAGAAAUUUGGAAAGGAAUGGGUAAAGGGUAAAGAAAUCGAAGGAGAUGUCACAGAAGCUACUAUCGACGGUCUUACAGAAGGAAAACAGUAUGAAUUUAGAAUUCGUGCGGUCAACAAAGCUGGACCUGGAGAACCAUCGGACGCGACGAAACCUAUAAUAGCAAAAUCUCGAUUCGUAAAACCUUACAUCGUCGGAGAUGGAUUAACAAAUAUGAUCGUCAAGAAAGGACAAGUUAUAAAAUACGAUAUCAAGUAUGCCGGUGAACCCGAACCGGAGGUACACUGGUAUCUCGGCGAAAAGGAAAUUGUUCAAGAUGCUGCCGAAAGGAUAACGAUCGAUAAAUAUGAAAGAAAUACCGUACUUACUGUAAGAAAAACUACUAGACCGGAUUCUGGAAAAUACAAAUUAGUCCUCAGCAAUAGUUCCGGUACAUGCGAGAGUAUUGCCGAUGUUGUUGUUCUUGAUAAACCAGCAAUGCCAAAGGGACCAUUAAAAGUCGAAGAAGUCCGUGCGGAUCACGUCAAAGUUAAAUGGGAAAAGCCUCCAGACGAUGGUGGUACCGAAAUUACUGGAUAUGUUUUGGAGAAAAUGGAUAUGGAUACUGGACGUUGGAUACCGGCCGGUGAAGUUGGACCGAACGAAGAUACUUUUACAUUCUCAGGUCUGACCCCCAAAAAGAAAUACAAAUUCCGUGUUAAGGCUGUUAACAAAGAAGGUGAAUCUGAACCUUUGGAAGUUGACGAGGCAAUAAUUGCCAAAAAUCCAUACGACGAGCCUGGAAAACCUGGAAAGCCAGAUAUUUUCGAUUACGACAAUGUCAGUGUCUCUUUAAAAUGGGAAAAACCCUCAAGCGAUGGUGGUCGACCAAUCACUCAUUAUACCGUCGAAAUGAAAGAUAAAUUCGCGGUAGAUUGGGUAGAAGUAAUGAAGACUUCCGAUGCCAAUCCGGAGGCUAAAGUAGAGGGCCUGAAAGAGAAAAUGGUUUAUCAAUUCCGUGUACGUGCACACAACAAAGCUGGACCAUCAGAACCAAGCGAGCCGACUGAUAAUCAUCUUUGCAAGCAUAAAAAUCUGAAACCAAGAAUCGACCGUAGCAACUUCAAAUCUGUUAUCAUAAAAGCUGGACGUACUCAUAAAUGGUCGGUAGAUGUGACAGGUGAACCUCCUCCAGAAACUAAAUGGAUCUGGAGGGACAAUAUCCCCUUAACGAAUACCGAGCGUAUUAAAAUCGACAAUGUAGACUACCAUACAGACUUUACCAUCGUUAAUGCAAUGCGGAAAGAUACUGGAAAGUACACAUUAAUCGCUGAAAAUUCAAACGGCAAAGAUGAAGAAACUGUAGAACUUACUGUUCUUGGAAAACCAAGUCCACCGAAAGGACCACUCGAAGUAACAGACGUGACGAACACAAGUGCCAAAGUCAAGUGGGAAAAACCAGAAGAUGACGGUGGUGUUCCGAUCAAAGAAUAUGAAAUUGAAAAAAUGGAUACCAAAACUGGCAAAUGGGUUAGAGUUGGUAAAAUACCUGGUAAUUCUCCCAAUAUGGAAUUCGAUAUUACCGGUCUGAAUCCAGGAAGUGAAUAUAAGUUCCGUGUAACUGCCGUUAACGAUGAAGGUGAUUCUGAACCUCUUGAGAGCGAACGUGGCGUCGUCGCUAAAAAUCCUUAUGAUGAACCUUUGAAGCCAGGAACUCCAGAAAUAACGGAUUACGAUAAUGAAUCCAUUAGUUUGAAGUGGACACCGCCUGAGUUCGACGGAGGAGCACCCAUAGAAAAGUACAUAAUCGAGAAGAAAGAUCGUUACAAGCCCGAUUGGGAAAAAGCAAUCGAAGUACCUGGAAAUCAGCUUGAAGCUAAAGUUCCCGAUCUCAAGGAACGUGGUGAAUAUCAAUUUCGAAUUAUUGCUGUAAACAAAGCUGGACCUUCACCACCGUCGGACGCUUCCAAGAUGCAAAUUUGCAAACAUAAAUCAUUGAAACCGAGAAUCGACAGAACUAAUCUAAAACCGAUCAUCGUACGUGCCGGAAAGCCUAUUAAAUACGAUGUAGACGUACGUGGUGAACCACCUCCAGAAAUUACUUGGUAUCAUGCAAAUGUUGAAGUUAAGACUGGUGAAAAUAUCGAAAUUGUUAAUGUCGAUUAUAACACAAAAUUGAGUAUUACCGACAGUGUUCGUAAAAAUACUGGUGUAUGGAAGAUACGUGCUGUCAAUGCUCAUGGCGAAGACGAAGCAGAAGUUGAAGUCACCGUUCUUUCUUCUCCUGGUAAACCAAAAGGACCGAUCAAAGUGUCGGACGUAACGAAGAGCGGUUGUAAAAUAAAAUGGGAGAAGCCUGAAGAUGAUGGUGGUAAACCUAUUACUGGUUAUCAGGUUGAAAAAUUAGAUAAAUCGACGGGCAGAUGGGUACCAGUUGGUCGAACCACAGACACAGAAAUGGAUAUCAAAGGUCUUCAGGAAGGUCAUGAAUAUGAAUUUAGAGUAAAAGCAUUGAACGAAGAAGGUGAAUCAGAACCAUUGGUGACAGAUGGAUCCAUACUUGCCAAGAAUCCAUACGACAUAGCAAGUAAACCUGGAACACCAGAGUUCGAAGAUUGGGACGUAGAUCGUGUUGAUCUUAAAUGGGAGCCACCUAAAAAUAAUGGCGGAGCUGCGAUUACUGGAUAUAUUAUCGAAAAGAGAGAGAAACCAUCGACCCACUGGGAGGAAUGCCUCACAACGGAUUCGCCACAACCAAAGGGUCGCGUCACAGGUCUCAAAAAAGGUGCAACAUAUCAAUUUCGAGUACGUGCCGUAAACAAAGCUGGACCUUCGGAACCUAGUGAACCAACAAAACCGCACAUUGCAAAGGCACGAUUCUUGAAACCGCAUAUCAAUCGAGAUAAAUUGCAAACCAUCAAAGUGAGAGUUGGACAACACGUGAAAUUAGAAGUUGAUAUAGAGGGUGAACCGCCGCCAACUGUUACUUGGAGCUUUGCUGGUGAAACUCUACAAACCGGAGCAAAUGUCAAGAUCGAUAAUGAAGAUUAUCUUACUAAGAUACAAUUAAUCAAUCCAAGCCGUAAACUUACUGGAAAAUAUACAAUUAAAGCGGUUAAUGAUUCUGGCCAAGAUGAGGCUGAUGUGGAAAUUAACAUCUUAGACAAACCUGGAAAACCUGAGGGACCUCUAGAAGUAACCGAUGUGCACAAGGAAGGAUGCAAAUUGAAGUGGAACAAGCCAAGGGAUGACGGUGGACUACCCCUUACAGGAUAUAUUCUUGAAAAAAUGGACAUUACGACUGGUCGUUGGGUACCAGCUGGCAUGGUAGAUCCAGAAAAAACUGAACAUGCCAUUACUGGAUUGGAGCCUGGUAAAAAGUAUGAAUUCCGUGUGAAGGCUUUGAAUGAAGAAGGCGAAUCCGAACCUCUACAGACAGACACUGCCAUCCUUGCUAAAAAUCCUUAUGAUCCACCAGCAGCACCUGGUCUACCAGAAAUUAUUGAUUGGUCUGAAAAUAUGGUAAAACUUAAGUGGGAGCCACCAAUAAGAGACGGUGGUGCACCUAUUACUGGCUACAUUAUCGAAAUGAAAGAUAAGUAUGGUACAAGUUUCGUAAAAGCUGUAGAAAUAUCAGGACCAACUUGUACCGGUACUGUACCAAGAUUAGAAGAAGGCAAUCAAUAUCAAUUCCGUGUACGAGCUGUAAAUAAAGCUGGGCCUGGCGAACCAAGUGAAGAAACUAAUCCUCAUACUGCUAAAGCUCGUUGGUUGAAACCCUACAUCGAUCGUACCAAUCUUCAACCCAUAACGAUAAAAGUGGGACUUACAAUGACCUUAGAUGUGAAUAUAAUUGGAGAACCACCACCGACAGUAACGUGGUCAUUCAAAGAAGCAGAAUUGGUGUCGAAUGAUAUUAUCCGUAUCGACAACAUUGACUAUAACACAAAACUCAUCAUUCUAAAAACCAAACGUGAACAAACCGGAAAGUAUGUGAUCCGAGCGAAAAAUGAAGUUGGAGAAGAUGUAGCCGAAGUUGAUAUUACUGUUCUUGGCAAGCCAAGCAAGCCCAAGGGUCCUUUGGAAGUAUUCGACGUUAAUAAACAUGGAUGCAAAUUAAAGUGGGAGAAACCCGAAGACGAUGGCGGAUCGCCCGUAGAAUAUUAUGAAAUUGAAAAACUUGAUCCUCUAACUGGCCAAUGGAUAUCUUGUGGAAGGUCUACCGAACCGGAAGCUACAGUCACAGGUUUGCAAGAAGGCAAACCUUAUAAAUUCCGUGUAAAGGCUGUUAACAGAGAAGGCGAAUCUGACGAAUUGGAAGCCGACAAAUCUAUUAUUGCUAAAAAUCCAUUCGAUGAACCUGGUAAACCUGGACGUCCUGAAUUACGAAAUUGGGACAAAGAUUUCGUUGAUCUUGAAUGGACACCGCCAAAAGAUGAUGGUGGUGCUCCUAUUGAAAAAUAUAUUAUUCAGAUGCGUGAUAAAGAAGGUAGGCAAUGGGUGGAUGCUGCAAAAGUUGUUGGUGAUCGUACCAUGGCCAAAGUUACCGAAGGUAUUCAAGAAGGUCACGAAUAUGAGUUCAGAGUGGUAGCGGUUAAUAGAGCGGGUCCAAGUGAACCUAGUGACGUUUCAAAGAGCGUCAUUGCAAAACCUCGUUUCUUGGCACCUCAUAUCGAUCGCAAAAAUCUGCACAAAAAAGUUAUGCGAGUUGGACAAAUGUUACGUAUUGAAGCGGAUAUUAUAGGUGAACCACCUCCAAUUGUAACUUGGAAACUCAAGGACGCAGUGUUAAAGAGCAUGGAUCGCAUGAAGAUUGAAAAUGAGGAUUAUCACACGACAUUUAUAAUGAGCAAAUUACAAAGAACCGAUACAGGAACUUAUACUGUUAUUGCCAAGAACGAUAGUGGAACCGAUCAAGUUGAUGUUGAAAUUCAGGUCGUAAGUAAACCUGCCAAACCAAAAGGUCCACUUGAGGUAUCUAAUGUGACAGCGCAAAGUUGCAAGCUCAAAUGGGACAAACCUGAGGAUGACGGUGGUGAUCCAGUUGAUCACUAUGUCAUUGAAAGAAUGGAUGUUGAUUCUGGUCGUUGGGUACCUUGCGGAACUAGUAAGGUACCUGAAGCUGACAUCAGUGGUCUUAAUGAAGGAAAAGAUUACUUGUUUAGAGUGAAGGCUGUUAAUUCUGAAGGAGAAUCUGAACCAUUAGAAACGGCGGUACCAAUUACGGCCAAAAAUCCUUAUUCUGAACCCGAUGCACCUGGUAAGCCUGACUUAAAGGAUUGGAGUAAAAAUCAUGUUGAUCUUAAAUGGAAAGCACCAAAGAACGAUGGCGGAGCACCGAUCGAAAAAUACAUUAUCGAAAAGAAAGAUCAAUAUGGUAAAUGGCAAAAGGCUGUAGAAGUUCCCGGUACUAAAACAGAUGCUAGAGUUCCGGAUCUUGUGGAAGGACAAAAAUAUCAGUUCCGAGUAAAAGCAAUAAACAAAGGUGGUCAAAGUAAACCAAGUGAACCUAGCGAUACUUUGAUCGCUAAGGAUCGUUAUGCGGCACCAAAAAUAGAUCGUACUAAUCUGAAAGAUAUAACCAUUAAAGCCGGUAAUCACAUACGCUUGGACGUUAAAGUUACUGGCGAGCCACCUCCAACUAAAACCUGGUAUCUAAAUAAGGCCAAACAAGAGACACAGAAUGCGGUAACGGUGGAACUUGAAGAUUAUAGAACUAAGUUCUUAGUGUCUAUAGUAUCCAGAGCUCAUUCUGGUACUUUAACUUUGAAAGCUGAAAACAGUUCAGGGAAAGAUGAAGCUUCCAUUGAAAUCUUGGUACUAGAUAAACCGAGUAAACCAGAAGGUCCUUUAAAAGUAUCUGAUGUUCACAAAGAAGGUUGUACACUCAAGUGGAACCCACCAUUGGAUGAUGGUGGUGUACCAUUAGAACAUUACGUUGUUGAAAAAAUGGACACAGAAACUGGAAGAUGGAUACCUAUUGGUCGUACGAAAGAACCCAACAUGGUUGUCGAAAACUUAGUACCUGGGCAAGAGUACAAAUUCCGUGUCUCCGCUGUUAAUGCAGAGGGCGAAUCAGAACCUCUGGAAACCGAUCAUGGCAUUAUAGCAAAGAAUCCAUUUGACGAACCUGGACCUCCUGGACGACCAGAGGCUACUGAUUGGGAUAAGGAUCAUAUAGAUCUGAGAUGGACUCCACCGUUGAGCGACGGUGGAUCUCCAAUCACCGGAUACGUGAUUGAAAAGCGUGAGAAGGGAACACCGCGCUGGAUUAAGGCUUGCGAAACCAGUGGACCAGAGUGUAAAGGUCGUGCCGAUAAUCUUGACGAAGGUGUUGAAUAUGAAUUUCGUGUCAAGGCAAUUAACGCCGCUGGUCCUGGUGAACCAUCGGACGUCAGCAAACCAAUUACCGCUAAAAGUAGACGAAUGGCACCAAAGAUUGACAGGCGGAACUUACGCGAUAUCACCGUACGUGAGAACGAAGGGUUCCACUUCGAUGUUAAAAUUUUGGGCGAACCUCCGCCAGACGUCACCUGGGUCAUUAACAACAAGAGCAUACAACAAACUACACAUCGCCGAAUACAAAAUGUACCUUACAAUUCGAAGUUCUUUAAUGACAAACCCGAACGUAAAGAUUCUGGCAUAUAUAAAAUCACGGCUGUUAAUCAACAUGGAUCUGAUACGGCAGAAGUUGAAGUAACAGUUGUCAGUAAACCAGGCAAACCUGAAGGACCGUUAGAAGUAUCAGAUAUUCACAAGGAGGGCUGCACGCUUAAAUGGAAAAAGCCUAAAGAUGAUGGCGGAGAACCUAUCGAAGGUUAUCUCGUAGAAAAGUUCGAUCCAGACACUGGCGUAUGGUUGCCAGUUGGAAAAACGACAGGACCUGAAAUGAAGGUCGAAGGUUUAACACCUGGACACGAAUACAAAUUCCGAGUGAAAGCCCUUAAUAAAGAAGGAGAAUCGGAACCAUUAGAGACAUUUAGCUCUAUCAUUGCCAAAGAUCCGUUCACUGUACCGAGUCCACCGGGAGCACCAGAACCGGUCGAUUGGACUGCUAAUCAAGUAGAACUUUCUUGGAAAGAACCGGUCAGUGAUGGUGGUUCUCCAAUUACAGGAUAUAUUGUUGAGAAAAAAGACAAGUACAGUACGAUGUGGGAGAAAGCUCUCGAAACUGAAACACCUGUUACGCAAGCUCUCGUACAUGGUCUCAUAGAGGGUAACGAUUAUCUCUUCCGUGUAAUUGCUGUAAAUAAAGCUGGUCAAUCGGAACCAGGUGAAGCAAGUAAAACCUUUACGGCUAAACCUCGCUUUUUGGCACCAAAGAUCGACAGGCGCAAUUUACGGGACGUUACUCUUUCGGCGGGAUCUCUUCUAAGAUUCGAUGCGAACGUAAUCGGUGAACCUCCACCACAUAUCGAGUGGCGAUACGGUGCGAUUCCUCUGCGCUCCGACAAAAAAGUACAAAUCGACAAUUCAGAUUAUAGUACGAAAUUCAGCAUCCGCCCAGUUUCCCGCGAUGACAGCGGCGAUUAUACUGUUACUGCCAGUAAUUCGUCUGGAAAAGAUUCUGUUACUGUCCAAGUGACAGUAACUGAUAAACCUUUACCACCGGAAGGACCACUACAAAUUACGGACAUCCAUAAAGAAGGAUGCAAGCUAAAGUGGAAGAGGCCGAAAGACGAUGGAGGCACUCCGAUCGAAUACUACCAGGUGGAUAAGAUGGACCCAGAAACGGGUUGUUGGAUACCAUGUGGCCGAUCUACCGAACCGAACUUGGAAGUAACCGGUUUAACGCCUGGCAAAGAAUAUUUAUUCCGAGUAUCCGCAGUUAAUUCCGAAGGCGAAUCCAAACCGCUAGAAGCAGAAGAAGCAAUACUAGCUAAAAACCCAUAUGACGAGCCUGGUAAGCCAGGAGAUCUCCGCGCUACCGAUUGGGAUAAAGAUCACGUAGAUUUGGCAUGGACACCGCCAACCAAUGACGGUGGUUCACCCAUCACUGGUUAUAUAAUCGAAAAGAAAGAUAAAUACGGAGAAUGGGAAAAAGCUGUGGAAGUACCAGCGGAUCAAACUUCGGCAACUGUACCCGAUUUAAUAGAAGGACAGCCUUACGAAUUUCGAGUACGGGCAAUUAACAAAGCAGGUCCCGGCGAGCCUUCUGAUCCGACACCAACUAUAAUUGCUAAACCACGCAAUCAACCACCUAAGAUCGAUCGUACCAAUUUAAUCGAAGUAAGGAUCAAAGCAGGACAAAACUUUGGUUUCGAUGUGAAAGUUAUCGGUGAACCACCACCUACGACGAAAUGGAUGUUAGGAAGCAGAGAAGUAAGACCAACCGAUCGGAUAAAAGUCAAGCAUAUCGAUUAUAACACUAGUCUGCACGUCCGAAUGGCGACCAGAGCUGAAUCCGGAAAAUAUUGCAUAGUCGCAGAAAAUAUUAAUGGCAAAGACGAAGCGUUUGUCAAAGUUACCGUAUUGGAUAAACCUAGCCCGCCUCAAGGACCUCUUAGGGCAAGCGACGUGCAUGCCGAAGGAUGUAAACUUUCUUGGAAACCGCCCGAAGAUGAUGGUGGACAACCCAUUGAGAAAUAUGUCGUUGAAAAGAUGGACGAAGUUACCGGGCGCUGGGUUCCAGCAGGUGAAACCGAUGGACCAGAAACGUCAUUAAACAUUGAUGGAUUAACUCCUGGUCAUAAGUACAAAUUUAGAGUACGUGCUGUUAACAAGCAAGGCAAAUCGGAACCCCUUACUAUGUCGCAGAGCAUCGAAGCUAAAAAUCCAUUUGAUGAACCAGGUAAACCAGGCACACCUACUGUUACCGACUACGAUUCAAACUUCGUCGAAUUACAAUGGUCACGUCCAGACCACGAUGGUGGUUCUCCUAUCACUGGUUAUGUAAUAGAAAAACGUGACAAAUAUAGUCCCACUUGGGAGAAAUGCGCCGAGGUCGAAGGUGAUGUAAAUACCGGAAAAGUCGAUGAUCUUGUUGAAGGAACGCAUUAUGAAUUCCGUGUCAGGGCUGUCAACAAAGCUGGUCCGGGCGAACCAUCAGAUGCUUCAAAAUCGCAUUUGGCACGACCCAAGAAUCUACCACCAAAGAUCGAUCGCAAUUACAUGUUAGAUGUAAAAGUGAAAGCAGGCGGCUUUUACGACUUCGAUGUACCGGUUAUUGGUGAACCACCGCCGGUAAAAGAAUGGUCCCUUAAGGACAACGUCAUAAUGGCGGAUGAACGCAUCAAAAUUAUAAAUGAAGAUUACAAUACUAAAGUUCGCGUGAUGGAAGCAAGAAGAUCGGAUUCUGGUGUUUACACGUUAACUGCUAGAAAUAUCAAUGGUAAAGACACCGCCACGUUAAACGUAAAUGUUCUCGACAUACCAUCCCCGCCGGAGGGACCAUUGCUUAUAAGUAAUGUGACGAAGAAUUCGUGCACAUUAAAAUGGCGAGCACCAAAAGACGAUGGUGGUUCAGAAAUCCUCUACUACCAAGUAGAAAAAAUGGAUACGGAAAACAUGCGUUGGGUACCAGUGGCCGAAGCAACGACUACAUCCUCUCGCGUGGACCAUCUUAUCGAAGGUCAUGACUACCAAUUCCGUGUACGUGCUGUAAAUAAACAAGGAGAAUCAGCGCCAUUGAUCGGACUGGACACUAUCACGGCAAAGGAUCCAUUCGAUAAACCAGAUAAACCAGGUACACCUAUCGCCACGGAUUGGGAUAAGGAUCACGUUGAUCUCGAAUGGACACCGCCUAAGAAAGAUGGUGGAUCUCCGAUAACGGAAUACAUAAUAGAGAAGAAACCUCGUUUUGGACAAUGGGAGAAGGUACUCGAGGUUCCGGGUAACAAGACUAGUGCUACAGUUCCAGAUUUGAUCGAAGGUCAAGAAUAUGAGUUCAGAGUGAUCGCUGUCAAUAAGGGUGGUCCUGGAGAUCCAUCCGAUGCAUCUGCACCUGUUAUUGCUAAACCACGUUUCCUUGCGCCAAGCUUCGAUACGGCUCUUUUGCACGAUUUAGUCGUGCGUGCCGGUCAAAAGAUCAGUUACAUCAUUCCUAUAGAAGCAUCGCCUAAACCAAAAGCAACUUGGACACUGGAUGGUAAACUUCUUGAGCCAGAUUCACGCCACGAAAUGUAUACUACGCAAAUAGAAACUACAUUCGAAAUUCCAUUUUCCGUUCGUUCUGAUAGUGGACGAUAUGCUAUAACAUUGGAAAAUGAAUAUGGCAAAUUCAGUUCGAGUGCUAGAGUUACUGUACUAGACAGACCAUCGCCACCAGAGCCACCAUUGGUAGUCAGUAACGUCACCAAAGACAGUUGUCACUUAACAUGGGGUCAUCCUCUCGACGAUGGUGGUAGUCCUAUCCUUCAUUACGUCAUUGAAAAGAUGGAUCUUUCUCGUGGAACAUGGUCGGACGCUGGAAUGAGCAUGGUUCUUAGUCACGAUGUAGCCCGAUUAACUCACCGUAAAGAGUAUCUUUUCCGUGUAAAAGCCGUCAACAAUAUUGGAGAGUCUGAACCACUAGAAACUAAAAAGAGUAUCAUCGCUAAGAAUGAAUUUGAUGAACCAGAUGCCCCUGGCAGACCAAUAAUAACGGAUUGGGAUAAAGAUCAUGUUGAUCUUCAAUGGCCCGCACCCGGCAAUGACGGUGGUUCUCCCAUUACGGGAUAUAUCGUACAAAAGAAAGAAAAAGGCAGUCCUUACUGGAUCAAUGCUGUUCAUGUACCAGCUGGACAGACGAGUACAACUGUCCCAGAUUUAACAGAAGGUCAAGAAUAUGAAUUCCGUGUUAUAGCGGUUAACGCAGCUGGACAAUCAGAACCAUCCGAACCAAGUGAUCUUGUGACUGCUAAACCACGAUUCUUGGCACCAAAGAUAAAGACACCACUGCAAGACAUUCGUGUUAAGGCUGGCUUAAUCUUCCACGUGGAUAUAGACUUUGUUGGUGAACCAACACCUGAAGUUACAUGGACUGUAGGAAGCAAAGACUUGCUAACCAAUGAGAGAACUACUGUUACUUCUAUCGGUUAUCAUACGAUCGUUCAUACGGUCAAUGCACAGAGAUCCGAUUCUGGGCUAUAUCAUCUCUUAUUAAAGAAUAGUAGCGGAAUUGACGAAGGUAGCUUCCAAGUAAUCGUAUUGGAUAGACCAGGACCACCAGAAGGUCCUUUACAGUACGAAGAAAUCACAAGUCAAUCGGUUACUUUAUCCUGGAAACCGCCAAAGGAUAAUGGAGGCAGCGAGAUCACUGGUUAUGUAAUUGAAAAACGUGAUCUUACCCACGGUGGUGGUUGGGUACCAGCUGUAACGCAUGUUAAUCCAAAGUAUAAUCAUGCAACCGUUCCAAGAUUAUCGGAAGGCACCACUUACGAGUUCCGUGUUUCUGCAGAAAAUCUUCAAGGUCGUUCUGAACCUUUGACAACGGAUCGCUCGAUAGUAGCUAAGAAUCAAUUUGUUGCUCCUGGUCAACCUGGUAAACCUGAAUGCGUUGAUGCUGACAAAGAUCAUAUCAAGAUCAAAUGGACUGCUCCAAUCAGUAACGGUGGUUCUAAUAUUAUUGGUUAUGACGUGGAACGUCGUGAUCGUGCGACUGGACGUUGGCUUAAAAUAAACAAGGAACCAGUUAGGUAUGCGGAAUAUUACGAUGAUCACGUCACUGAAGGUCACCAAUACGAAUAUCGCGUUACUGCAAUAAAUGCUGCUGGAGCUGGUAAGGCUAGCGAUACAUCAUCCGUAUUUAUUGCCAAACCCAUGAAGGAAAAACCGAAAUUGUAUUUGGAUGCUCUCAUCGGUCGCAAAAUUAAAGUUCGUGCUGGAGAACCCAUUAAUAUUAAUAUUCCAUUAUCUGGAGCACCUACUCCUACCGUGGAGUGGUCCAAAAAUGGAAAAACUCUUACAGAAACUCUUCGAGCAUCGACCGAAACCAAGAGUGAUCGAACACAACUACUCGUUGAUAAAUCUAUACGCGACGAUAGUGGUAUAUACAGGGUUACCGCCGUAAAUGAACACGGUAGAGAUUCGGCUGACAUUGAAGUAACGGUUGUUGAUAAACCUGGACCACCACAGGGACCACUCCAAUACACAGCAACGACGCAAGAAUCAGUUUCGCUAUCCUGGAACAAACCCUUGGAUGAUGGUGGAUCUGACAUAACCAAUUACAUUGUCGAAGUAGCAGACUUUGGUUCUGAUAACUGGCGCCAAGUGCCUGGAUAUGUACCAAGAACCAGUUUUACGGCAAAAGGUCUUACAGAAGGAAAACGAUAUCUCUUCAGAGUACGAGCUGAAAACAUGUAUGGAGUUUCGGAACCUCUCGAUGGUAAACCUGUUGUUGCAAAGAGUCCAUUCGAUCCACCGGAUGCUCCAAGUCAGCCACAAAUUCUAGGCUACACGCCCAACAGUUGUAGCCUAUCUUGGACUCCACCUGUUAACACAGGUGGCAAGCCAAUCACAGGCUAUUAUGUCGAGAGACGCGAGCGUGGUGGUGAGUGGCUUAAAGUUAAUAAUUAUCCAACGCCAAAUACUACUUUCACGGUUCAAGAUCUUCAUGAAGGCUCUAGAUACGAAUUUAGAGUAAUAGCUGUGAACGAAGCUGGACCUGGCAAACCUAGUAAACCUACAGAGCCUAUUACAGCUGGACAUCAACGAAUGAAACCCGAUGCUCCAGAACCACCGAAAGCCGACAGGAUUACGAAGGAUUCGGUGACCUUAAGUUGGCGUCCUCCACGUAGCGAUGGUGGUGCUAAAAUCAGAGGUUAUAUUAUCCAAAAGAAAGCUAGAGGAGAGGACGAAUGGACCGAUGUCAAUGGUGCUCUUAUUCCUACAAAUAUAUAUACCGUGCCGAAGCUUACUGAGGGCGAAGAAUAUCUCUUCAGGGUAAUAGCUGUGAAUGAUGUUGGUAACAGCGAUCCUAGCAAGCCCAGUAGUCCUAUUGUUAUCGAAGAACAACCAAAUAAACCAGUUAUGGAUCUUGGUGGUGUUAGAGAUAUUACUGUCCGAGCCGGUGAAGACUUUUGUAUUCAUGUACCUUAUAUCGGUUUCCCCAAACCAACUGCUACGUGGUUUGCCAAUGACGUUGUCAAAGAUGAAACAGAUUCACGUGUACAUCAACAAUUGGCCGACGAUUAUGCAAGUCUUGUUGUGAAAAAUUCGAAACGUUCAGAUGGAGGACAAUACAGGCUUCAAUUACGUAAUCCCUCUGGAUUUGAUACAGCUACGAUAAAUGUUAAAGUUCUAGAUAGACCAGAUCCACCAGAAAAUCUGCGUGCCGAUGAGUUUGGCGGAGAUGCUCUUACACUCUUCUGGAGUCCGCCAAAAGAUAACGGUGGUGGCGAUAUCACCAAUUAUGUGGUUGAAAAGAGAGAACCACGUGCAGCCACAUGGUCAAAGGUCAGCAGUUACGUUACUACACCGUUUGUACGUGUACGCAAUUUGACCGUUGGCCAAGUCUAUGAAUUCCGCGUGAUGGCUGAAAAUCAAUAUGGAACGUCAGAUCCUGUCACAACAAUUGAUCCAAUCAAAGCCAGACAUCCAUUUGAUCCGCCAGGUCCACCCGGAGCACCACGUGGCAUCGAAACCACUGAAGAUAGCAUUACUAUUACAUGGACAAAGCCUCGUCAUGAUGGUGGCUCGCCUAUUACCGGAUACGUCAUUGAAAAGCGUCUUUUGAGUGAAGACAAAUGGGUCAAAGCAACCCCGGCAUUAGUACAUGAAACGACAUAUAAGGUUACUGGAUUGAUUGAAAAUCAUGAUUAUGAAUUCCGUGUGGCAGCCGAAAACGCAGCUGGCCGUGGUGCGUGGAGCUCAAGUUCGGACGUGAUUCGUGCUAGCGCUCCAGCGUUCCCGCCAAAGAUUACCAGUGAUCUAAGUAUUCGCGAUAUGACCGUUAUCGCUGGAGAACCAUUCACCAUCACAGUACCAUUCACGGCGAAUCCAAAGCCUAGACCAAGUUGGUCAAUUAACGGCGAAGAAGUUCUCACCGGAGAUAGAAUUAAAUUCGAGACAACAGAUAUUGCUUCGCAAUUUAUUAACAAGAAAGCAAAACGAUCGGACACUGGAACAUACACUAUCUAUCUUACCAACACCGUUGGCACGGAUUCAGCUUCAUGUAAAGUUCUAGUAGUUGAUAAACCAUCACCGCCUCAAGGUCCAUUAGACAUAUCUGAUAUUACACCUGAAACUUGCACACUUUCAUGGAGACCUCCGUUCGAUGACGGUGGUUCACCGGUUACAAAUUAUGUUGUCGAAAAAUUGGAUCCCGCUGGCUUCUGGGUAAAGCUUAGCAGUUUCGCUAGAAAUACUCAUUACGAUGUGAUCGGUCUGGAACCAAAUCGCAUGUACAAUUUCCGCGUAAGGGCAGAAAAUCAAUACGGCGUGUCUGAACCAUUACAAGCGGAUGAACCAAUAACAGCUAAAUUCCCCUUCACUGUUCCGGAUGCACCUGGACAACCUCGUGUAAUAGAUUGGGAUACGACAAGUGCCACAUUGGUUUGGUCGAGACCAUUAUCCGACGGAGGCUCGCGAAUACAAGGUUACAAGAUCGAAUUCCGUGAUCCAGCAGACGAUAUGACGUGGCGAAUAGCCAACGAUUAUCUUGUUAAAGAUACAACUUAUAUCUGCUAUAAUUUGGCCAGUGGUCACGAAUACGAAUUUAGAAUACGAGCAAAGAACGCAGCUGGCUUCAGUAAACCGAGUCCACAUUCGGCACCAUUUAAAAUAAAAGGCAAAUUCAAUGUUCCUUCUCCACCUGGUACCCCGCAAGUGACUAAAGUUGGCAAGAAUUACGUUGAUCUUAAAUGGGAAGCACCCGUUUCUGAUGGAGGUAGCCGUAUCACUGGUUAUGUCGUUGAAAAACGUGAAGUCGGAAGUGCUAUUUGGAUUAAAUGUAACGACUAUAACGUCACGGAUACCGAGUAUACCGUACUUCAUCUUAUCGAACGAGGAGAUUACGAAUUUAGAAUAUUUGCGGUUAAUGCGGCCGGAAGAUCGGAACCUAGUUCUUGCACCACACCGGUCAAGAUUUGUGAAGUUGAAGGUGGUGAGAAACCAGAGUUCGUUAGGAAUUUGCCUAUUAGCCAGAUAGUUCCGCUUGGAAAAACGCAUGUAUUUGAAUGCGAAGCCACAGGAAAGCCAUUACCGACUGCCAGGUGGUUGAAGAAUGGUCGCGAGAUCACCCUAGGUGGACGCUUCAGAGCAGAAACUUUAGAUGGAAUUUACAGGCUUGUCAUAUCCGGAGUAAUGGAAGCUGACGACGGUGAUUACAGUUGUCAAAUAUCGAAUCCUCUUGGUCUGGCAACAACGACUGCGCGUCUCAAGAUCGGAACCCCACCGCGUAUCGAGCGUAUGCCCGACGACUUGUAUCUACCGGAAGGCGAUAAUACUAAGAUCAAGAUCUACUACAGUGGUGAUCAACCGAUGGAUGUUACUCUGAAGAAAGAUGGUCGCAAAAUCGUUGAAACAUCACAUAUCAAAUACACCGUUUUUGACGAAUAUCUUAUUAUCUUUAUCAAGGACAUUGAGAAAGAUGAUGCCGGCGUAUAUGAAUUGUCCAUAUCCAACGACAGUGGCGACGUUAGUGGCUCUUUCACCGUUUAUAUUACAGGUCUACCUGGUCCACCAACAGGUCCGCUCGACGUCACCGAUAUCAAUAAGCACACAUGUACUUUGUCUUGGCAUCCACCUAAAUAUGAUGGAGGUCUUCGUAUAACUCAUUACAUGAUAGAACGAAAAGACAUUACGCAUACUCAUUGGAUUAUUGUCGCGUCCUUCUGUAAAGAUACUACAUGUUACGUACAAGGUCUAACGGAGGGUCAAGAAUAUCUAUUCCGAGUAAUGGCAGUUAACGAGAAUGGUAUGGGUGCACCUUUGGAAGGAACGAAUCCUAUAAAAGCCAAGGCACCGUUCGAUCCGCCUGGACCCCCUGGUACGCCAAAGGUUAUCGAAGUGGGUGGAGAUUUCGUAAAUCUUUCAUGGGAGAAACCAGAAACCGAUGGUGGUUCCAAGAUACAAGGUUAUUGGAUCGACAAGCGCGAGGUCGAUAGCCAAACUUGGCAACGCGUCAACGUUGCUAUCUGUUUACCAACUCAGAUAAAUAUUAGCAAUCUUAUCGAGGGAAGGCAGUACGAGUUCCGCGUUUUUGCCCAAAACGAAGCUGGUCUUAGUCCAGAAUCUAAAGCCUCAACGUCAGUUAAGAUCGUCGAUCCUCAAGCCGCCAAAGCUCCGGAAAUUAUUUCGCCUUUGCAUAAAGUUAAUUGUGUUCAGAAUCACAAUGCCCACUUCCACUGCACCAUUACUGGAAUUCCCAAGCCCAAUAUUACGUGGUUCAAGGGAGCUCGUGAAAUUAUUGGUGGCAGUCGUUACCAAAUUUAUUCGGAAGGCGACGUGCACAAUCUCAUAAUAUACGAUGUAUUCGGCGAAGACGCGGACGAAUACUUCUGUCGUGCAGUAAAUAAAUGUGGCGCAAAAUCUACGAAGGGCGAACUAUUCAUUAAGACGCCGCCUAAACUCAAUGUACCGCCAAGAUUUAGAGAUACCGCGUUCUUCGAUAAAGGCGUCAAUGUUGUAAUUAAAAUACCAUUCACCGGUUAUCCCAAACCAAAGAUCACUUGGAUAAGAGAGGGAGAAGUUAUCGAAUCAGGAGGACAUUACUCCGUCGAGGUGAAAGAGAGGCAUGCCGUAUUAACCAUCAGAGACGGUAGUAGACUAGAUUCUGGACCUUAUCGCAUUACAGCGGAGAACGAUCUUGGUCAGGAUUCGGCGAUCAUAAAGAUACAGAUAAGCGAUCGUCCUGAUCCACCACGAUUCCCGCAAAUCGACAACAUCGGACACGAUUCCUUGGCGCUUUCGUGGAAACCACCAGUCUGGGAUGGUGGCAGUAAUAUCACCAAUUACUUGGUGGAAAAACGCGAACAUCCGAUGACCAGUUGGAUCAGAGUUGGAAAUACCAGAUUCUGCACGAUGGCCGUUACUGGUCUCAGCCCUGGACAUCAAUAUGAUUUCCGUGUUUGCGCUGAGAAUGUUUACGGUAGAUCCGAUCCGAGCGAAGUAACGCCACUUAUCACAACUAAAGGUACCAUCAAGAGAGAGUUCAAGAAGAAGGAAUACGAAAUGGAUGAGAGUGGCAAAAAGAUACGUGGUCGCAGUGACGAAAAAGUUCGCGAUUACGAUCAAUUCGUCUUUGACAUUUAUAGCAAAUACGUGCCGCAACCAGUUGAGAUCAAGCAUACAUCAGUUUAUGACAAAUAUGAUAUUCUUGAAGAAAUUGGUACCGGUGCCUUUGGCGUCGUUCAUCGUUGCCGUGAAAGAUCUACCGGCAAUAUUUUUGCUGCUAAAUUCAUUCCAGUUUCUCACAUCAUGGAGAAGGAAUUAAUUAGAAAAGAAAUAGAUAUAAUGAAUCAAUUGCAUCAUCCUAAAUUGAUCAACCUUCAUGAUGCUUUCGAGGAUGACGACGAGAUGGUUCUAAUCUUUGAAUUCUUAUCCGGCGGCGAACUGUUUGAGAGAAUCACUGCCGAAGGUUAUAUCAUGUCCGAGGCUGAGGUCAUUAAUUAUAUGCGUCAGAUUUGCGAGGGUGUCAAACACAUGCACGAGAAGAACAUUAUACACCUUGACAUCAAACCAGAGAACAUAAUGUGUCAAACGCGCAAUAGCACGAAUGUGAAACUGAUCGACUUUGGUUUAGCUACUAGACUAGAUCCCAAUGAAGUCGUAAAGAUCAGUACAGGUACAGCGGAAUUCGCAGCUCCUGAAAUUGUAGAACGCGAACCAGUUGGUUUCUAUACGGAUAUGUGGGCUUGUGGUGUACUGGCAUACGUCCUUUUGAGUGGUCUCUCGCCGUUCGCCGGUGACAAUGACAUCGAGACGUUGAAAAAUGUAAAGGCCUGCGAUUGGGACUUUGACGAAGAAGCGUUCCGGGAAGUCUCCGAGGAAGGCAAAGACUUCAUCAGACGAUUACUUGUUAAAAAUAAAGAAAAGCGCAUGACCGCUCAUGAAUGCCUUCUUCAUCCAUGGUUAACCGGCGAUCAUAGUAAUCGUACCAAUGUCAUAUCUAGUAGCCGAUAUCUUAGCUUCAGAGACAAAUUACGUGCCAAAUACGAGAACUGGGAUAAAUACGUUUUACCCAUCGGCCGGCUAGCUGAGUAUUCCUCGCUUAGAAAAUUAUUGAUAGAAAAAUAUAAGAUCUAUGACUCUUCAUUCGAUCGCCGACAGGCUGCACCUAGAUUUGUCAUCAAACCUACAAGCGCAUUCGCAUACGAAGGACAAAGUGUAAAGUUCACCUGUCGAGUAAUUGCCAUUGCUUCUCCCGUUUUAACGUGGUUCCACAAUAAUCAAGAACUUCGACAAUCUGUUAAAUUCAUGAAACGUUAUCACGGUGACGACUACACUUUCAUCAUUAACAGAGUUAAGCUGGAAGAUAGAGGAGAAUAUGUGAUACGUGCCGAGAAUCAUUACGGUUAUAGAGAAGAAGUUGUCUUCCUCAACGUACAACCACUGCCCAUAGAAAUUCCAAAGUACAGACCAGAAUUGCAUCCGGUGCGCAGACGGGAACCGCUCGGUUAUAACGUAUGGAUGGAAACGAUCGAAUCAGCUCCAAACUUUACCUUCUUAUUGAGGCCACGUGUGAUUCAAGUCAGACAAACAUGCAAGCUACUUUGUUGUCUAGCUGGAAAUCCACCACCAACCGUAAAAUGGUACAGAGAUAGAGAAGAAUUAUCUAAACAUCAUUAUUCGAUGACACACGCAGACGGUGUCGUCACUAUGGAGAUUAUAGAUUGUAAACCGGAAGACAGUGGCAAGUAUCGCUGCGUAGCGACAAACAUUCAUGGCAAGGAUGAAACGAGCUGUGUCGUUAUUGUAGAAGGAACUGGAGAAACAGAGGAGCAAUGUAAAUUAGCACACGACCUCCUACAUUCCGGAGAUCGGAGGUUUAUUGAGCAACCACUGAAACCUGCACCACCACCUAUUGUAACUGUUCACAAAGCCAGUGGUUACAGUGGCUACAGUUCUACUACUACACAAGGUCAUUCAAGUACAUCACACAAUUAUAGUAGUUCAACUAGCAAACUGAAUUCCUCAAGUUCCUCAUCUUAUAAAGCUACAACCGAAUCUUCGUCAGAUAAACGUAAUGCUAAAAAAUACGGAAGUAAAUUGGACGCUACAGGUAGCCCAUCUCGGUCUAGAAACACUACUAAAGAACUUGCUUAUCCAUCAGAUGAUAGUAUGAAACCACCAGAAUUCACAAAGAAAUUAAAUGAUCUUACAAUUAACGAUGGAGAGCAGCUGGAACUGACUGUUAAAGUUGAUGGUGAUCCAGAACCACAAAUAACUUGGCUGAAAAAUGGCAAAACCGUAAACUCCUCUGAGAUUGUUGAUUUGAAAUACAAAGCUGGUACUGCAACUCUUACUAUUAAUGAAAUAUUCCCCGAAGAUGAGGGCGAAUAUAUUUGCAAGGCAACCAAUAGCCUUGGAACAUCUACAACGUCUUGCAAAUUAACUGUGAAACCAAUGGAAAAUGCAGCAGCUAAAAAGAAGAGCGAUGAUAAACCACCAAAAAUUGUAGAUCAUCUGACAAGCAUGUUUGUGAAGGAUGGAGAGGCCGUAACACUCAGUUGUCGAAUUAUUGGUGCUAAGAAAUUUGAUGUGGUGUGGCUUCAUAAUAAUAAAGAAAUUAAGCCUAGCAAAGACUUCCAGUAUACAAGUGAGGCUAAUAUUUACAAAUUAAAUAUUGCUGAAAUCUUCCCAGAAGAUUCUGGCACUUACACGUGUGAAGCAUUCAAUGAUGCAGGAGAAAGUUUCUCAUCGUGUACAUUGAAUGUCCUCGUUCCCAACGAGGAACCCAAGAGCCCGGUCUUCACAACAUUCCCACAAUCAGCAACCGUGAGCGAAGGUGAAACAGUUACUUUCACAUGCAAGACUGAAACUGCGCCCUUGAAAGUAACUUGGUUGAAGGAUGGUAAGGCGCUCCCUGAGACCAGCAGCAAAUACUCUUUCAGUUCAGACGGCGACAAAUCGUUUGAACUAGGUAUUAAGGCAUGUACGGCUAGUGACGUGGGACAAUACAUAGCACGUGCAAUUGGCAAAAAAGGCGAAACUAAUGCAGCCUUUGCUCUGAACGUCACUAAUCCCGGCGAUCUCUAAACUCAAAAUUAUUACUUUUACAACAAUUUAUAUUACGGUCCUUUUUUAGAAAUCAGUUUUAAUAUACAUCUGCAAUUUGCAAUUUAGAAUGCUUUCUGAAUGAACGUGAAUAUUUUUCAUCAAUUAUAAUCUAUACGAGAAUACGCAAAAUGUGAAAAGAAAAAAAAUACCGUUAACGUACACGAAUGGAACAUGAAGCAGACACAAUUCCGGAAUACGGUAGAACUUUGGUUAUCCGAAUAGGUGGAAGGGGGAGAGAGGGGGUGAUGAGGGGGACAUUCAAUGUCAGAUGAUGGAGCAUUCAGAUAACAGAACUUUCGAAUAAUCGAGGUUCUACUGUACGUGAUACAUCAUCGCGUUUAAAAUACUUAGCCUGGAAACAAAUCAAUUUGUCAAGAUACAGUCGUUAUACGUAAAUUGUUAAAAAAACAUACAUUGUGUUUUUUUUUCUGUGUGCUUGUCAUGUCGCAUAAAUUAUGUCAUUUAAACGUAAACAAAUAAACGCGUCAAACAUCAAGGAUAGCACGCGCAACCUAUACUAGCUAAUAUGAGCUUCGCUGUACACACGAUUUAGCAUACUUUAAGUACACAAUGGUGCGUAGAGGCAGUCUGACAUCAAUAUGCCUGGAAGAGUUAUUAAUUCCGAUAAAAUCAGCCAGCAUCCUCUCUAGUCACCUAAACAACGAAAUAAUUUUAUCGGAAUGCGUUAACUUGUAAUGGCAUUGCCAAAACAUACUUCUUUAUUCCAUAUAAUCGAACGCACUGUCGUGUUAUACUUGUUUGAAGACUGCUUCCAUUACAAAAUUUAUGAUAAAUAAAAAACUUAUGAUUAAAAAAUA